AUUUUUUUUAUAAAAAAAACGAAAAGAAUAUGGCAGAGCACACUCCUGCACCAUACAGACCAAGGUCUGUUUAUGGAUAUGCAAUAUAUAUUGGCUCCUAUAUGGUUUUUAUAUUGUAUUUAAUAUGGGCAGUGGUACCAGAAGAAUUUUUACAUAAUUGGCUUGGUCUUACUUAUUGGCCCUCUAAGUACUGGGCAGUGGCUAUUCCAAUUUGGGCUGUAACAGCAAUUGCUGUAUUUGCAUCAGUCAUUUAUCCAGCAAUGAACAUGCUGAAAACUCCAAAUAUAGAUGACGUUAGAACAAUAGAAGAUAAGUCUUCCUUGCGGUGUGGACCGACAGUGUCUGGUGGUAUACCACCAGUAUCAGAUAUACCAAUUAUGGAAGUUUGUAGAAAGUUAUAUUUACCAGAGCAUAAAAUAUAACAGACUUAAAAUUGGUAAACAAAAUUAAAUGUAACAUAAGAUUGUCUGGCUGUAUGAGAGUAUUGAAUUAAAUAGAGUCACUAUCAAGGAA